AUGACAGAGGAGGAAAUAACAGCUCUUGUGAUCGAUAAUGGUUCUGGGAUGGUGAAAGCGGGUUUCGCGGGAGACGACGCGCCCCGUGCAGUUUUCCCAUCCAUAGUGGGACGUCCGCGACACCAAGCAGUCAUGGUUGGCAUGGGGCAAAAAGACUCUUAUGUGGGCGACGAAGCGCAGUCGAAACGCGGUAUCCUAUCGCUCAAGUACCCGAUCGAGCACGGCAUCGUAACGAACUGGGAUGAUAUGGAAAAGAUCUGGUACCACACUUUUUACAACGAGUUGCGCAUCUCCCCCGAGGAUCAUCCAGUGUUGUUAACCGAAGCACCUUUGAACCCGAAAGCCAACAGGGAAAAAAUGACCCAGAUCAUGUUCGAGACGUUCAACGUUCCCGCGAUGUACGUCGCGAUCCAGGCAGUAUUGUCGUUGUAUGCUUCGGGGCGCACCACGGGUAUUGUCGUCGACAGCGGCGACGGUGUGACGCACACUGUGCCCAUCUACGAAGGCUAUGCCUUGCCGCAUGCUAUCAUGCGCAUAGAUCUGGCUGGACGAGACCUAACCGACUAUCUCGCCAAGAUCCUUACAGAGCGCGGAUAUUCAUUCACGACGACAGCCGAACGAGAGAUCGUGCGAGACAUCAAGGAAAAAUGUUGUUAUGUGGCACAGGACUACGAUCAUGAGUUGGAGAUUGCCUCAUCGCAGCCGGCGAAAAUCGAUAAGCAGUAUGAACUCCCCGACGGACAAAUCAUCACGAUUGGGAGUGAGCGUUUCAGAUGCCCGGAGGUGCUCUUCCAGCCGUCCUUGAUCGGUAUGGAGGGCGAGGGUAUUCAUAAUGUUGCUUAUCAGAGCAUCAUGAAAUGCGAUGUCGACAUCCGGAAAGAUCUGUACGCAAACGUGGUUCUCAGCGGCGGCACGACGAUGUUCCCAGGCAUCGCGGAUCGGAUGCAGCGGGAACUCGCUAGUGUUGCACCAUCUUCGGUGAAGAUCAAGCUUGUAGCGCCAGCGGAGCGCAAAUAUAGCGUGUGGAUCGGCGGCAGCAUUUUGGCCUCGUUGAGCACUUUUCAGCAGAUGUGGAUUAGUAAGGCGGAGUAUGACGAGUUCGGACCCUCUGUGGUACACCGCAAAUGUUUCUGA